UAUGAUGUCGUUAUCGUCGGGGGCGGCAUGGUGGGAGCCGCUGUGGCAGCACUGCUUGGAGCCAACCGCCUGACCUCACGGCUGCGCGUAGCCGUGCUGGAUGUCAAGCCGCAGCCGACGCGCUUCAGUCCGCCUCCCGUGCCCGACAUGCGCGUUAGCACCGUCACUCCGGCGAGCAUCACGGUGCUGCGCAGCGCGGGCGCGUGGGAGCACAUCGCCCCGCCCGCAUCAGCGGCCUUCGCGCACAUGCAGGUGUGGGACUCGUCCAGCUCCGGCUACAUCCGAUGGGACUCAAGAGACACCGGCACGGAGUGGAUGGGUAUUGUGGCGGAAAACACGUUGCUGCAGGCAGCUCUGCUGGCCGCGGUGGAGCGCGGCGGCAGUCGGUCGGAGUUCAUAUGGCCGGCGGAGGUGCGGCAACUGCGACUGCCGCCGCCGGAUGGCCGCAUCCCGCAAGCACUGCAGCGGCCGGCGGCGGCGCAGCAGCAGCAGCAGCACGGGCUGGCGGAAGUCGAGCUCGGUGACGGGCGAGUGCUAACGACCCGGCUGGUCGUCGCUGCCGACGGCGCCGCCAGCCGUGUACGGCAGAUGGCGGGUCUGCGCACGUGGGGCCGGGGGUACGGCCAGCGAGGCCUCGUGGCGACCGUGUCCACGGCGGAGCCCUCCGCUACAGCCUGGCAGCGCUUUCUUCCCACGGGCCCGUUGGCGCUACUGCCGGUGCGGGCCGGCUACAGCAACAUCGUGUGGAGCACAACCCCCGGGACGGCGGCGGCGCUGGAGGCCAUGAGCCCGGGGGAGUUCGCCGCCGCUGUCAACAAGCGUCUGGGACCACUUUUCGGUUCCUUAACUGCCCCUGGAUCUGGAUCUGAUCUUGGAUCCGGAUCCAGCAGGUCGGACGACUUUCAGGAUCCACCACUGGUUCUGGGCUGGGCUGGCGCCCCACCGCGCUCCUUUCCUCUGCAGCUGAAACAGGCCGGAAGGUAUACCCUCCCCCGGCUGGCGCUAGUGGGUGAUGCGGCACAUGCCGUACACCCUCUGGCGGGACAGGGCGUCAAUCUUGGUUUCGGAGAUGCACGCGUACUGGUGGAAGCGCUUGCGGCCGCCGUGGAGACGGGUACCGACCCAGGGGACGCUCGGAUGCUGUACGAAGAUUACGAGGUGCCGCGUCGGCGUGCCGUACUGACGAUGACGGCGGCAUUGGACGGAAUCAAGCGCGCAUUCGAGGUG